AUGUCUGUCUGGCUCAAUCUGUACUCAUUGUUGGUAUCAGUGACCUUCGUGCUCUACGCGUCUUUGCAGUUGUGGGAUCUACGCGGUUCAGCUACCAAGGUGGUUCCUAAUCUUCAAGGCCAUAUCAAAACAAUCCUAGUCCUGGGGCUUACCAUUACCCAAAUCAUUUCCCUCAUCGAAAUAACAAACCUCUCAGAUGAUUUCAAUUCCCAGGCUCCAUUAUUCGCAUCAACCUUCGCUACUUUCGAGCUUUUUAUAUUGUCAUUCUUUGAGCACCGCAGGACUGUGCGGCCAUCUAGUCCGGUCACUCUAUACGUGGCCCUGUGUUCUGUCAAGGAUCUCAUUGCCCUGACCAUACCAUCGGGCGAUCUCAGAACUGCAGGCCUAAUGCUCCUGAGCAUAAGAUUGGUGCUGGAGUUCAGCCUACUAGUAGUGGAGCUUCGAAACAAGCUCGCAAUACUAAAGCCUCGCUAUAAACAUCUUGCGCCCGAGGAACUUACAGGAAUUGUUGGCCGUGCGCUGUUUUGGUGGAUCAACCCUAUUCUCAAGGAGGGUUACCAUGAGCUUUUGACACAAGAUGACCUACCAAAAGUCGACCGAGCUCUAUCCUCGAGGAUCUUACGGAAACGGCUCGUACGGGCUUGGACACAGAGAUUUUUUCGGUACUCACAGCCGACUCUGAUUAAGAUUGCUAUGACUUUUGUGCGGAUUGACGGUCCUCAACACGAGAGCACUGAUUCGGGAUAUUGGCUUAUCGUGCUAACCACUAUCAUAUAUUGCGGUCUAGCAAUUUCCACAUCGGUAUAUCGACACAAGCUCAACCGACUGCAGAUUAUGGCGCGUGGGGCUCUUAUUAGCCUUCUUCAUGCUAGGUCACUUAGGGCCGCAAGCUCUCCUAUACAUGACGGAAAUGCCUUAACACUUAUGAGUGCAGAUGUUGACAGCCUUGACACUUCUGCAGAAAUGCUCCAUGAGACUUGGGCGCAAGUCGUGGAAGUAUUGGUCGGAACCGCGCUCCUUGGAAGACAACUUGGAUGGUUUGCACUACUACCCCUGCUGAUUAUAUUUGGGUGUUCACAAAUGAGCGCAUAUGUCGCAAAACAUCUUCAGGCAAAACAAAAGGAUUGGAGUGUUGCAACUCAGGAUCGCCUUUCAAUGCUUGCCUCGGUCCUCCGGGGUAUCAAAAGUAUGAAGAUUCUAGGUCUCGAUCAGGCCACUAGCUUCCUUGUCUCCAAUUUAAGAGCUCGAGAGAUUGCGAAGUCGAUAAGAUUGCGAUGGAUUAUGGUAGCAUACAACGCCAGCGCUAAUGCGCUAGGAAUAUUCUCCCCGGUUCUGACUUUGGUGCUGUUUGCAGUUUCUCGCAGUGAAAAUGAUGCCCCAAAUGCGGAUAUUGUCUUCACCUCGAUCGCUCUCCUAGGUCUAGUCACUCACCCAGCCAAUAUGGUCAUGACGAUAGUACCUCGUGUGAUUGCAUCUUUGGCAAACUUCGAAAGAAUACAAAGCUACUUGACCCAGGGAUCAUUAAAAGAUGAGCGUGUGUUCACCUCCAGGCCAAAAGACAAACCACAACCUGGUCCUCAACUGGCAUUUACAUUGGAAAAUGUCAGCAUACAGCUCUCUAGCUCACAUCAAGUCCUCCAGCAUGUUCACCUUCAGAUGACCGAAGGUUCGAUUGGCAUAUGCUCAGGGCCCAUUGGUAGUGGGAAAUCAGCCCUGGCAUUGACAAUUCUCGGGGAAAUAAAUCCCACUGAGGGCAGGAUUACUAUUUCGCAUGAUAGAAUAGCAUAUUGCAGCUCUUCUGUCUGGCUUCCUAAUGCCUCCAUCCGGGAUGUCAUUUGCGGACAAUCAAGCAAAUUUGAUGCGGACUGGUACCAGACUGUCAUCCAAGCCUGCCGUCUCGUUGCCGAUUUAGAAUCGCUGGUCGACGGAGAUAUGACGUGGGUCGGAAGUGGUGGUAUUAAUGUUUCUGGGGGGCAAAAAUCUCGCAUUGCUCUUGCCCGUGCAGUUUACUCUCGCUGCCGUACUAUGGUAUUGGAUGAUCCGUUUAGUCCCAUUGAUGCAGCAGUCGAGAGUCAAAUUUUUCAUGCUUUGCUUGGUCCUGAAGGGAUUUUGCGCAAAAUGAAAAGCACCGUCUUUCUCAUCACUCGUGGCACUCAGUACUACCACCUGGCCGAUACGAUAAUUUUGCUCAAUGAAGGGAAAGUACAAGUCCAGAGCUCCUCUGAUUUUACCCUUCAGACAAAGCCAGAGAUGAGGACGAGCCAUGUUCUACAACGUACAUCAGAGGCUGAUAAAUCAGAAAUUGCGGUAAAAUCACAGAGAGACGGAACACAGAUAGAUGAUGCCGCUGCCGAUAAAUUAAGGAGAACCGGGGAUUUGGCAGUCUACGGCUAUUAUUUUGGUUCGGCCGGCAUCUCAAAUAUGUUGCUCAUGGCAACCUGCACUGCGAUAUAUGCAUUCUGUCUUACUUUCGCACAGUACAUUCUCAAGUGGUGGACUGAAUCCGACAAUGCAAACUCAACGUUGUAUAUUCUGAUUUAUUUCUUACUAUCCCUAAUGGCUUGGAUAGCGACCAACGGGACCAUGUGGUCAACACAUAUAGUCAUCGCUCCACGAUCCGGUUCUACUCUGCAUUCUCGACUUCUCGGCAAAAUAAUGAAUGCACCGCUUUCAUACUUUUCGACCUUUGAUAUUGGUACCAUAUUGAAUAGAUUCGGUCAAGAUAUUCAAUUGGUCGACAAGGAAAUGCCUUCAGCCUUCGCAAAUCUCAGCAACCAGAUCUUCAAGCUUAUCAUGCAGUCUAUCGUCCUAUUUGUGGCUCAGCCCACCAUAGCAAUGACUUUACCGCUCUGCACUAUUUGUGUAUACUUCAUUCAACAAACAUAUCUCAGAACCUCUCGGCAAUUGCGUUUCAUUGACCUAGAGUCAAAGGAAAAACUUUAUACAAGUUUCCUAGAGACAGUUGAAGGAAUUGCUACAAUUCGUGGCUUUGGAUGGGAAGAAAGAUUUGCGAUCAAUAACGUCGAGAAACUCGAUAUCUCACAGAGGCCAUUGUAUCUUCUGCUUUGUUUGCAGAGGUGGCUCAAUGUAGUUCUAGAUUUGUUAAUUGCAGGGAUUGCUGUGAUUUUAAUUGCCUCGGCAGUGAUAUUUCGAAGCACAGCCACAGGUGCUGACAUGGGCAUUGCGCUGAACAUGGUUAUUGCUGCAAACACAACAUUGCUUCGCCUGGUUGAGAAUUGGACAACCCUCGAGACCUCCCUUGGCGCAGUUUCACGGCUGCGAUCUGUUGAUGAAGACACCCCCUCGGAAGAUAAAUCCUGGGACUGCUUAGAGCCCUCUCCCGAGUGGCCAAAUAUGGGUUCCGUGAAAAUAAAACACGUAUCAGCAGGCUAUAAUUCCCAUGUGCCCGUCCUUCGUGAGGUGAAUAUGGACAUUCGGGGUGGGUCAGGUGUCAUUCUGUGUGGUCGAACUGGAAGUGGGAAAAGCAGUCUCCUUCUUACGCUGCUGCAGUUAUUAAGGCCCCAGACUGGAACAAUUGAGGUUGAUGGCGUGGAUAUCACUCGCUUGCCAGUACAUGUUGUACGGCGACGCUGCUUUGUUGCUUUACCUCAGGACCCUUUCAUACUUCCCGACGCAAGCCUUCGAUUCAAUCUCGAUCCCUACAAUCAACAUCAAGAUGAUACCAUUCUCGAGAUGCUUUCAAAGACUGGACUUUGGUCAAAGGCAUCUCGUUCAGAGCUCCGAGACACCUUCCUGGGAAGGACAACGAACGGGAUUGUUCUGGAUACCACAAACCCAGGGUUCCUCGACCAACCGCUGGCUAGUUUUGCGCCCGUUUCUACGGGCCAAAUGCAGAUGCUCGCCUUCACACAGGCGUUACUAAGGGUCCAGUCAUCAACUCAGAAUCCUGACCCCGUGAUUAGCCAACGAAAGCCAAUCGUCCUCCUGGAUGAAGCCAGCUCAUCUUUGGACCUCGAAACGGAUAUCAAGAUGCAGGAAAUGUUGAGAGAUUAUUUUACGAAUCAAGGGCACACCACCAUCGCUAUUUCUCACAGACUCAACACCCUGCGGAAAGAAUUGAGACCGGGAGUAGACACUACAGUGUGGAUGGCAGACGGGAGGCCCGAGGAACUCCAUGGAUUUAGUGAGGGAAUUCUGGAUCCUGACCUCGGUGGUAAUCACUCGGAUUAA